GGAGAAAACCAAGGAGCUUAAACUAUUACUAAAUUCCAAGAACAAAGAAAGCCGACAGCAAGGUAGGUAUGUAGGUUUUUGUCCUUCCCCAUUUAAAUUAUUCUCUACAUGUGUGGCUGUCAUUUCAGGCUGCAUUGACCAUUACUCCUACUAUCUAUCCCAACCAAACUUCAUCGGAAUGGCUAAUGCUGCUCUUUCUUCACUUAUGCAUACACUGCAGCAACUCCUGCAGCCUAACCAACGUUUGAUUUGUGGAAGCUGUAUACAACAGCAUGCUGAAUCUGCUUGGCACGAUCUUUUUGCUCUACAAGUUUUUCUUGAAGAGGCUACAAAAGAAACUAAUGAUAUUGAAAUUCUGAAGGUUACAGAAAAGAGGAUCAGACAUGUAGUCUAUAAAACAGAAGAUAGAGUUGAUUCAAGCCUGAGAAGCGUCAUUCUGGCAGAUAAUGGAGAUGACCGAGAAAAGGCUUGUAGAUCCUUCUAUGAAGAAUUGCUAGAAGUGGAAAGCGAAGUUUGUUCUCUCAGGGAAGAGGCGCAGCAGAUCAAGUUUAACAAGCAUGGAAGCAAGUCAACAGAAGCAACUACUACUUCUUCAUCAUCAAGAAGGUAUGCAACUGAUCACAAUACUGCUAUUGGAAUGGAGGAUGACUUCAAUACCAUACUAGAUCGCCUCACCGCCCAAACGGAUGAGUUAACGGUCAUACCAAUUGUCGGUAUGGCCGGCAUAGGUAAGUCAACUCUUGCCAGAAAACUUUAUGAUGAUUCAUCUAUUCGUUGUAGAUUUGAUAAAUAUGCAUGGGUCACUAUCUCCGAAGAAUACAAUGAAACACAAAUGCUUCGUGAAGUUGUCUCCUCAAUUACUGGAAGCAAUCAAGAAAUGAGAAACGAUCAACUGAUGGAGAUAGUGUUUAGAGGUCUGAAGCGUAGGAGAUAUCUAAUUGUCAUAGAUGAUCUUUGGAGUAUUGAGGCUUGGGACCAAAUGCGAAUAAUAUUUCCAGACGACAACAAUAAAAGCCGAAUUCUAUUAACCACUCGGCUCAAAUACGUUGCUGAUUAUGCCAGCUGCCCUGGUUCUCCUCCUCAUGGUAUGUCUUUCCUACGUUUUGGAGAUAGUUGGAAUCUAUUUACUGAAAGACUUUUCAGAAAAGAUCCCUGUCCUCCACAACUAGAAGAAAUAGGGAAGCGUAUCGUACACAAAUGCGAAGGAUUACCUCUCUCGAUUGUUGUCGUUGCUGGGCUUCUUGGAAAGAUGGAGCCAACACAUGAUAACUGGAAGAAAGUUGAGGAAAAUUUGAGCUCAUUCUUUGGUACGGUUUCUGACUUGUGUCAAGCAAUACUUUCUUUGAGCUACAGUUACUUACCCCAACAUUUGAAGGCUUGUUUUUUGUAUGUUGGAGGUUUUCCUGAAGAUGCGGAGAUUCGUGUUUCUGUGUUGAUUAGGCUAUGGAUUGCUGAGCUAUUCAUAAAGGCAAGAAGCAAUCAAAGGCUAGAAGUGGUGGCAGGAGAGUAUAUAGAAGAGCUCAUUGACAGAAGUCUAAUUUUGGCUGGUGAACGGAAGGCUAAUGGAAGAAUGAAAACUUGCAAAAUUCACGAUCUUCUUCGGCAGCUGUGCAUAAGAGAAGCUCAAAUUGAAAAUUUUGUACAUGUCAAGAAUGAGAAUGUCCCUAUUUUCUCAGAAGCAAUAAAUUAUGAACGGCGAGUGAUUGUGCCGCUUGAUAUUCAUAUCAAGCAUGAUCAUCGUUACAGGCAUGGGAGUGAUAUUAUCAGUACAAUCCGCAGCUUGGUUUUUACGAGCAUUAAUCGUUUUGAUAUUUAUGAGCAGCGCCCCUGUUCCAUUAUCUCACAUUUUGAGCUGCUUAAGGUGUUGGAUGUAUCUUCAAUUAGAUACGAUUUCUCUGAUGUAGUACCUCAACUUGUACAUUUGAGAUAUGUUGCUGCAAAAAUAGACAAAGCUCCUUCACUAGCCAAAUUGUGGAAUUUACAGACCAUAAUUCUACGUAGUUUUACAAGCAGAUACUUCCAGCUCCCACUAGAGAUCUGGACGAAGACAGAGAUAAGACAUCUAGAUAUUGGAUGGCAUAUAGAUCUGCCCAACCCUCUUGAGGCAGAAAGUCAUGGAGAACAACCUUUGUUUCUCAAUAAUUUGCAAGUACUUCUUGUCAAUUCCUCUCCUUUUUUGGCAGAAAUACUAAGAAGAACUCCCAAUCUAAUUAAGCUAGAGAUUCUGUGUUUGAACCCUGUUGAUUGGCCUGCUAUUCUUGAUUCUGUCAUUCUAUUACAGCAUAUGGAGGCACUAACUAUAGAAGCACAACUAGUCUUUGCCCCGAUGAUUCUCUCCCAGGAUUUUUUCCCGCCUAAUGUCAAGCAGUUGAGUUUACAUUUUACUAAUUUGCCAUGGGAAGAUAUGGUUGUGCUGGCUAAUUUACCCAAUCUUGAGGUUCUCAAAACAAGUUAUGCAUUCAGGGGAACAGAUUGGAGACUAGAUGAAGACGUUGUGUUUCAAAAAUUAAAAUAUCUACGACUUGAGCUGGAACGUCUGGAAAGGUGGGAAGCAGCUAGUGAUAAUUUUCCUAUGCUUGAGCAACUAUUACUGAUUAGGUUGCAUAAAGUGAAGGAGAUUCCCCAGAGUAUUGGAGAAAUAAUGACCCUAAAAUUAAUCAAAAUAGUAAUUUGCAGCUCUACAGCCGUCAGUAGUGCAAAGAAAAUUCAAGAAGAGCAAGAAAGCUAUGGAAAUAAUGAGCUUCAAGUUCGAAUUUUUUGGCAGUGACCCUAACUCACAACCCAAAAGCUAGCUCAAAGGGAGAGAAUUGCCCAAGCCUUAUAAGGAACCCGGAGUUCUCGUCCGUCACCGAUGUGGUAUAUUCUCUUCGUCAAAACGUAGGAUUUAGUUGUAAAACAAUAUAUUAAGUGAUAAUGUGCAACCACAACAUAUCACUAAAUUUUUCACGUGAUUUCUAUGCAGGGGGGAUUUUUUUAGCUCAUUGAAAGUUGGAAAAUCUACUGGUGUUGGAGGUGUUAAAACCCUGAGUAAAUGAGACAUUCU